AUGUCCUUGUUGCGAACAUUUUCUCGCAUCUCUUAUCGUCUACCAAAGAUAAGUGCGAGCAAUCCCUUGCCGAGGAAAGCAUUAUCGGCCACGUGUACUAGAUUUUAUGCUUCGAGGCCAAAAACUCUCAAAGAACGCAUUGAGGAAUUAAUUCCCGAAAAACAGGAAGAGAUCAAAUUUGUAAAGAAGGAACAUGGCACAAAAAGUAUGGGAAACGUUACGGUCGAUAUGAUCUAUGGUGGUAUGAGGGGUAUAAAGGGUUUGGUUUGGGAAGGAUCUGUUUUGGAUCCCGAAGAAGGCAUUGAGUUCCGUGACCUUACCAUUGACGAGUGUAGAGAAAAACUUCCGAAAGCGGAAGGCGGUAAGGAACCUCUACCGGAGGGUCUCUUCUGGCUGCUGCUGACUGGCGAGGUCCCUACAGAAGAACAGGUCCGAGCACUUUCAGCCGACUGGGCCGCUCGUUCAGCUAUUCCGUCAUUUGUUGAAGAGCUGAUUGAUGGAUGUCCAAACACCUUACACCCGAUGUCUCAAUUCUCAUUGGCUGUGAUUGCAUUACAACACGAUUCAAAUUUUGCUAAAGCAUAUCAAAGUGGUGUCGAAAAAAAAUCUUACUGGCAGUAUGUAUACGAAGAUUCCAUGGACUUAAUUUCCAAGCUUCCCAAUAUUGUCGGUAGAAUCUAUAGAAAUGUUUACAAGGAUGGAAAGGUACCAUCAAUUGAUCCCAAUCAAGAUUACUCUUAUAAUUUGGCCAAAGUUCUUGGGUAUGACGGUGACAAAGAUUUUGUGGAAUUGUUGAGACUUUACCUCACAAUCCACUCCGAUCACGAAGGAGGAAAUGUAUCAGCCCACACCACGAGACUUGUAUCAAGUGCUUUAUCCGACCCUUAUCUUUCAUUUUCUGCAGCUCUGAAUGGAUUGGCUGGUCCUUUACAUGGUCUUGCCAAUCAAGAAGUAGUUCGUUGGAUUUUUCAACUGAGGGAUUCUGUUGGCGAAUCCCCGAGUGAUGAAGUUGUUAAAGAAUAUGUAUGGGACACGCUUAAAUCCGGUAAAGUAAUACCGGGCUACGGACAUGCGGUUCUUCGAAAAACGGAUCCACGUUACACAGCGCAACGGGACUUUGCACUAAAACACCUCCCAAAUGAUCCACUUUUCAAACUUGUGUCACAGCUCUAUACUAUUGUGCCUGACGUACUACUCGAACAUGGUAAAACAAAGAAUCCUUGGCCCAACGUUGAUGCGCACUCUGGUGUAUUAUUACAACACUUUGGAUUAGUUGAACAAAACUUUUACACAGUGCUUUUUGGCGUUUCGAGAGCUUUAGGCGUUUUGGCUCAAUUAAUUUGGGAUCGAGCUUUAGGAUUCCCCAUCGAACGACCAAAGUCUUAUCCCACGGAGAUGAUCAGAAAGAUGUUUGAGGAACAGAAAUAA